CCGUGUUUGGAAAACAGCAUUUGUGUUAGCUUUUGGCAUAUUUGACUGACUUUGGUUUUUUGACCAAGCGAACCGCCAAAAACCAUUGUUUGGCUAAUGGCUUUUUCACUUGGCAUUUUGAUCCGAAAAGCCAAAAUCUGAAAUGCCAAGAUUUGUCUCGCCUAGGGUUUCACUCUUCAGGCGGCAGCGCAAUCCUCUGCGGCAGGCAUCAUCAUGUUCGCCUCAAACUAUUGAUUCUUCUAGCAAUCUCAAGCGGCGACGACAAGUUGUAAAGGCCGUUACAGCUUCCGAUUCUGCAGUGGACUUACCAUUGACUGCAGAAAAUGUCGAGAGCGUAUUGGAUGAGAUUCGGCCUUAUCUCAUUGCCGAUGGUGGAAAUGUGGCAUUGCAUGAGAUUGAUGGAAAUGUUGUGAAGUUGAAACUGCAGGGAGCAUGUGGCUCAUGCCCUAGUUCUGUAGUUACAAUGAAAAUGGGCAUUGAGCGCCGUUUGAUGGAAAAGAUACCAGAGGUGUUUGCUGUUGAAUCAAUCCCAGAUGAAGAAAGUGGCCUUGAGCUUAAUGAAGAGAAUAUAGAAAAGGUACUUGAAGAGAUAAGACCAUAUCUGGUAGGGGCAGCCGGUGGAAGUUUGGAGCUGGUGGCCAUAGACGAUCCCAUUGUAAAGGUCCGGAUCACAGGUCCUGCCGCAAGUGUUAUGACCGUUCGCGUGGCUGUAACUCAGAAGCUCCGCGAGAAAAUCCCAACAAUCGCCGCUGUUCAGCUUUUGUAGUCGUAAUAGACUCACACAUACCCUACAUUUUUCUUCCUUAGCGUAAAUGGCAGUAGAAGUGUUUAUGUGCUUAUCAGAAAACCUUUUGACUUGUCACUUGUCUGUACAGUUGUGCUUGAUCCGUUUAUUGUGCUGCUACAAGUCUACAACAGACAUUUACAAAUUAUCACAUCAUCCUGUAUUUGCCAUUGCAGGGGUGGGAUCGGGAUGAACCCAAUUUGGCAAUUUUGAUUCCUAUCUCUUUUGGUUUAAAAGUUUUACUACCUGUGUCCUAACUAAAUCACAUGUUGUUUA